AACCUCAGGCAAUGCAUCAGGCCAUUACUUCAUCCCUCUCCACCAACCAUCCGCACGGCUCCCUCUUCUCCAUGAUGCUGAAAAAUAUCAUCGCUGACCAUGACCCCUGAUGAUCCACACGCCCUGCCGGAUUUUACUCGGGAAUUCAUUGACCGGGACGACCUCUGCCGCUUCGAACAGGCGCUGGAUGCCCCCGCCGCUGAGCCCCUCGUUGCCAUCAACGACUGGCGCCCCAUCAACCAGCGGGUGAGGCGGGCGAGGGGCAGGCGGAAGAAACCCAAGCGGAGCAAGGACGAGACCAGAGAGGGUGUGCUGUACACCCUGCUGAAAUGGCCGUUUCUCCUCACCGUCUUCGCGUGGAUUGCCAUCCUCGCCGUCGCCUAUGCCCUGACCCGCCUGUACAUUGUGCUCUACGAACAGCUGGUGACCUGGCGGGGUAGGCGGCAGAAGCUGAGACAGGAUCUGCGCGCUCAGGACAACUAUGCUGACUGGCUGCGCUCCGCCCGUGCCCUGGACGCCUACCUGGGGAAUGAACAAUGGAAGGAGGAAGACGAGUAUGCCUACUACGACCACCUGACCGUCAACAAGGUCGUCGCGCAGUUGAAACGCACCCGGCACGAGGCCGAACACGAGCAGCUGCUUGGCCGCGCCAGCGCCAGCGAGCCUCCUGCCAUCGAGGAGCUGCGUGUCUUGCUGGAGGCCUGUAUCAAGAACAAUUUUGCCGGCGUCGAGAACCCACGCAUCUACAGCGAGACGUAUUCGGGCACCAAGGAUCUUGUGCAGGAGUACAUCGACGAGGUCCAUGCCUGUGUCCGGCUGGUGGCCGACACCCCGCAGCUCUCCAGCGCGGUCAAGUACCACCACUUUAAACACCUCGAUACAAAUUUUGGCCGCACCGCACUCUGCCUGUCUGGGGGCGCCACCUUCGCCUACUACCACUUCGGCGUCGUCAAGGCCCUGCUGGACAACGCGGUCCUGCCCGAGAUCAUCACGGGCACCUCUGGCGGCGCCCUGGUCGCCGCCCUGGUGGGCACGCGCACCGAUGAAGAACUGAAGCAGCUGCUGGUGCCCGCGCUGGCGCAUCAGAUCCGGGCCUGCCACGAGUCCUUCCCCACCUGGUUCCGCCGCUGGUGCCGGACGGGUGCCCGCUUCGACACCCUGGACUGGGCGAAGCAGUGCAGCUGGUUCUGCCGAGGCUCGACGACGUUUCGCGAGGCCUACGAGCGGACCGGCCGCAUCCUCAACGUCUCCUGCGUGCCCUCCGACCCUCACUCCCCGACCAUCCUCGCCAACUACCUCACCUCGCCCGACUGCGUCAUCUGGAGCGCCGUGCUGGCCUCCGCCGCCGUCCCGGGCAUCCUGAACCCGGUCGUGCUCAUGACCAAGAAACGCGAUGGAAGCCUGGCCCCGUAUUCAUUCGGCCACAAGUGGAAGGACGGCAGUCUGCGCACCGACAUCCCCAUCAAAGCCUUGAACCUGCACUUCAACGUCAACUUCACCAUUGUCUCCCAGGUCAACCCACACAUCAACCUCUUCUUCUUCAACUCCCGGGGAACCGUCGGCCGCCCCGUGACGCACCGCAAAGGCCGCGGCUGGCGCGGGGGGUUCCUCGGCUCCGCCAUCGAGCAGUACAUCAAACUCGAUCUCAACAAAUGGCUGCGUGUGCUGCGGCAUCUCGAGCUGCUCCCCCGCCCGCUCGGCCAGGACUGGAGCGAGAUCUGGCUGCAGAAGUUCAGCGGCACGGUGACCAUCUGGCCCAAGACCGUGCCCUCGGAUUUCUGGCAUAUCCUCUCCGACCCGACGCCGGCCCGUCUCUCCCGCAUGCUGCAUUACGGCCAGCAGGCGGCAUUCCCCAAGAUCCAAUUCAUACGGAAUAGACUCCGGAUCGAAUCGGAGAUCACCGCGGGUCUGGUUUCCUUUGCCCCAGAGGGUGUUCGUCUUGCGAACGGGGUCCCAGUAGCGGGAGAAUCAGAAGAUGAUGAUCCCCUCGUCCAACGGCUGGACGAGACCUUUCCCGAACGAUCGGAAUAUAAGGAUUCCUCGCUGUUUGAGACCGAGUCGGGUUCGUCACGCCCGCACUCGCCUGAGGGCCGAGGGCGACGGGGGAGUUUCCUCGAGGAGAUGAGGAGGCAGUCUGCUGUUUUUUUUGAAGAUAUAUAGUAGUAGUAGUAUAGUAUACUUGUAGUCAUACACAUACAGAUACAAAUACAGUGCAUUAUAUUAAAUGAUUAACCAUCUCUCCGUAACAGCUUUGGCAGCAAGCAAAUCCCCAUUCAAGGCAUAGAUACCCUGCAAGGCAACGGCGGCCUCGACCGAGAAAUCUUCCCAGAGUCCCUUUCCCUUGUUGUUGU